AUGUCGGCAUUCUUCGGUUUAGGCAAGACACGCACUUUCAAGCCACGCAAGGACGUCCCAGAAGGCACAAAGCAGUACCAGCUGCGAAAGUAUGCCGAGGCCACGCUGGGCUCGGGGAACCUCCGCUUAGCGGUACAGCUCCCCGACGGCGAGGAUCUGAACGAGUGGCUCGCGGUACAUGCGGUCGAUUUCUUCAAUCAUCUGAACAUGCUAUAUGGGACGAUCACGGAGUUUUGUACGCCGCAGGAGUGCCCCAUCAUGUCUGCGGGCCCACGAUACGAAUAUCUCUGGGAGGACGGCGUGCGGUUCAAGCGACCAACGAAGCUGCCCGCUCCAGAGUAUGUAGACGCGCUCAUGAACUGGGCUCAAGGCCUGCUCGACAACGAGGAGAUUUUCCCGAACAGGAUUGGCGUGCCGUUCCCUAAGAACUUCCGGGACACGAUACGGACUAUAUUCCGGAGGCUUUUCAGGGUGUACGCGCACGUCUACAGUAAUCACUUUGACCAUGUAUGCGCGCUGGGGAUCGAAGCACAUCUGAACACGAGCUACCGCCACUUUUUUCUGUUUGUCCACGAGUUUGACCUGGUGGACAAAAAAGAGCUUGCGCCAUUGGACGAGCUGAAUGAUGCAAUCCUCGCGGAGGAGAAAUCUCGAUAG